ACUGGGCGCACAGCAUUUCAAUGUUUCAGUCACUAUCAACAAAAGUUUAACUCUGCCCUGAAGCCAAGGCCAUGGACACAAGAAGAAGAUGAUACAUUGGUGAGAGUUACAAACAACGUCAAGGAUAGUGUUGGGUUCUUCAACUGGGCCAAAGUAUCAACACUUGUGGAUUCAAGGAGCCCUCUUGAAUGCAUGUAUAGAUUCACCAAGGUCGACCCCUGUCAAGCCCGAGGCCGGUUUACACAGUUAGAAGACGCAAAACUUUUGGCAGCAGUAGAAAUGAUUGGACCAAGCUGGUCAAAAGUAGCUAAGUUCAUUGGUACACGUAAUAUGGUGCAGUGUAGAGAUAGGUACUUGAAUUGCCUGGCACCAAACAUCAACUUCUCUUAUUUUACCUACGAUGAGGAUGUAAAACUUCUAAAGCUCCGCAAGCAACACGGGCAAUUCUGGUCAAAAAUGGUUCCAGAGUUUGUAGGCCGUACAGACGGCAUGUUAUUGAACCGAUAUCGCCAGUUGCAGAGAUGGAAACGCCAGAGUGAAUGGUUUGAUCGACAAACGGAUGCAACCAAACGGAUGCUUCUGGGUAAAUCACUGACGGUUGCAGAGAGGCGGCAGUUCCAAGCAAGAACUGAGGAGUAUAUGAAGACGCAGCUUGGACUUGGUCCUGAAGACUACAAGAGACAGGAAUUGGACAAACAGAAUAAUGUCGACCCAGACAUCAUACCACCCCGGCCGCCCCGCCACCUCAGGUGCUACUCUUUUGGCACCUCAAAAAAGGGAGCAAAUUUGAGCAAGUGGUCACAAAAGCUGGACAUUCACAACAGGCUUACUGAAAACGUGCAGAAGUUGCUGCAGAAGGAGAUCUCCGCUGGUGCUGGAGAACAUAAAGGUGAACGGCGUCGCGCUGUGUCAGAUGAAGUAGCAGCAGAAAUUGUGCAGAAGUCUGCAGAAGAAACACUGAAAGGAAACAACAGAUUCAAGCCUAAAUUUAAAACAAAGGCACAGUUGAGGCAAUUGGAGGCAGCACUCAACAGGGCUUUCCUGACUUCCGGUAGAGUUAGUGUCCAGGAGUUUCUGAAAUUAUCAACAUUUGAGAAGAAGCGAGUCAGAAAAUUGGAGAAAAGUCACAUGAUUGAUUCGGAACUGAAAAAUAUUUUGCGCACAAGAGGCAGGUAUCUGUCAAAACUAGGAAGAGCACGGCGGUUCUUUGAGAGAGAUACAAGGCCAAGGAAAGUGAUUGAGGAGGAGUUAGAUGAAUGUGACCAGUCUGCACCAUUAAUGAUAAUGAAGUUCCUAGGUACAAGCACUCAGAGCUUAUGCACAUCUGCUCGACAUAAUUGUCUCGACCAUCAAGAAGAGCUGUCCAACCUGCCAUCAUAUGAAGACGAUCCAGACUUUCGAGAGGAAGAAGCUGAAACUCAGAAGACCAUUCAAGGCACUGUUUCAAAGAGGCAGGUGAAGAUUCUCAAGAAAAAGCUGAGAUCUUUGCGAAAGAUUUAUCAAGAAAAGAUAUACCUGAAGAAUAAAAUUGUGGAAAAUAAAAUCAGUGCAUUUAAUGACGAUAUUGAGUAUUUGGAAACACUGACUGACAGAAAGGGGGAGGUUAAUAAAAAUAUAUCUCUGAUGGUCUGCAACCCUCCUGGUAUUUCUAAAACUGCUUUUGAUGCAGAGAUAAUUGAGGAAGGCUCACCGGUUUUAAGUGCAGCACCCAGUUUAGAUGUCCAGGUUACCUUACCUAACUCUUGUUUAACACAGAGUCAGUCAUCACAACAGACUACAUCUGGUAAAAGCACUUUAUCUGCUUCAAAAACAGACCACAAGUUUGCAGUUCCACUUGCGUCUCCAGUAAAGCAAAGCAAAAGACGGAGUUCAAGGUUUUUGUCAGAUACCGAUGAACCUUCGGAAAAAGUUUUUAAGGUACUCUCAAAGGAGGAAAUUGUGACUGAGAGGAACCAGUUGCCAAGUUCAAAGAAGAAAAUAUUCACCAGUCUUCCACUUUUACCUCCCAGUUUGAGUACGCUGUUAGGCCUGAGGGCAUUGUUUUUGAUGAAAGACGAACUCAAGGAGAGAACAGAUCGGAUUCAAAAACAGCGAUAUGAAGCUGCUCAUCCACCUGAGACCACUACAGGUCAAGAAAUACUCAAACAGGAAGACAGCCCAGUCAUUGUUGAUAAAGAAGAUGAAUUGCAGGUUCAAGACACAGCUUCCUGGUUUUUGAACCCAAGUGUUGACAAGCUGGGUGAACAAGCUAGGAAGUUCAAACCUUACUGCCGUCUUGGGAAGGUCAAUGACACAAGACCCAAACAUCAUUUUCAGACUCUUGGCGAGGCAAUGUUACCUUCAGCGUCGCGGACAGAGGACGAGAAUUCUGUUGCAUUCGAAACUGGAACAUUCAUGUAUCCGCUGGAAGAAAGGGGAGGCCGCCUGCCAAGCUACGUCAACAAAAGUGCACUUAGUUGUUGUCGGGAUGCCAAGCUGGGGAUUAGCAAACCCAGAAGAUCCCCAGUCAGACAGUGUAAAGCAAAGCCUCCUAGUACCUAUGAAGUUGUUAUGGGCGUCACUGGCAUCCCUGCCAGUGAAUGUGUGUCUGGGGGAACUGCAAAGAAGCAAACAGACAUGAAAUAUAAGUCUGGGAGCAACCAUCCUUUACUGACACAGGUGCGCGUGACCAGAAAUAACCCCUCAGUGGUCCCUGUGACAACGGGUAAUUUGUCCGUGGUUCCCGUGACAGUGGAUAAUCUGUCACAGAUUCCAGCCACAGAGAUUAAAUUGGAGCCGGAUACCACAACAGUUAGUUAUAACCAGAGUGAUGAAAGGAACAGAAGUGUUGCUGGUUCCAGCUGGGGUGUACAGGAUAGCAGCCUGACCAGGCCGGAUGCUGUUUAUUCUGUACAUGCUUCGGGUCAGAGUGAACAUAACAUUGAUGAUGAUGAGGAUGUUGUAGCUGUCAUACAUUUAGACGACGAUUCUAGUUUGACGCCAACUCUUAUUAACAUAUGCAGCAGUCAGUCAGACAUCCUCAAGACAGAAAUUUUUGACAGCAAAGAUGACGAAGGUGUCAUUUUUUCUGAGAAUGUCAGACCGUCUCAGUUUAUGAUCAUCCCACCUGAACCUUCAGCAGCUGAAGUCAGGGAAAUGACUGAGGCCAACAGAAUCUCCGAGGCCAACAGAAUCUCCGAGGCCAACAGAAUCUCCGAGGCCAGCGAACUGAGUUCUCUACAGUUGCCUGAGAAUUGUGUUAACAGCAUCAUGGGAAACAAAAGAUUAAAACACUUAAAAUCCAGAAUCGUUGUGGUUGGAGUUGACGAGUCCAAAAGAAUCGUUCACUUUAAAUCAGAAGAUGACAAGUUUAAAGCCUUUGAGAUAAUACCAACUGCAGUAGCUGAAGACAACGUUGGUCAUCGCAGAGGCCCGCGGUCAUGCAAUUCAGAGGACAAUAGAAAGGUUUUCAGCAUUGCAGAAUGUAUGAGAGGACUCAGAAAGACCGACGAAUAUAAGCUGUUGUUAGCGAG